CGUGGCCGCGCCCGCUCCCGCCGGGGGCUCGUCGCUGGGCGGCCGGGCCAUGGGGGAGGCCGAGGUGGGCGGCGGCGGCGCGCCGGGCGACAAGGGGCCGGGGGAGGCGGCCACCAGCCCGGCCGAGGAGACGGUGGUGUGGAGCCCCGAGGUGGAGGUGUGCCUCUUCCACGCCAUGCUGGGCCACAAGCCCGUCGGUGUGAACCGACACUUCCACAUGAUCUGUAUCCGGGACAAGUUCAGCCAGAACAUUGGUCGGCAGGUCCCAUCCAAGGUUAUCUGGGACCAUCUGAGCACCAUGUAUGACAUGCAGGCGCUGCAUGAAUCUGAGAUCCUUCCAUUUCCAAAUCCAGAGAGGAAUUUCGUCCUUCCGGAAGAAAUCAUUCACGAAGUCCGAGAAGGAAAAGUGGUCAUUGAAGAGGAAAUGAAGGAGGAAAUGAAGGAAGACGUGGACCCCCACAACGGGGCGGACGAUGUUUUUUCGUCUUCAGGAAGCUUGGGGAAAGCAACCGAGAAGUCCAGCAAAGACAAGAACCCGUCAGACUUGGGGUCCAAGGAGGGGGCGGACAAGCGGAAGCGCAGCCGGGUCACCGACAAAGUCCUCACGGCAAACAGCAACCCCUCCAGCCCCAGCGCUGCCAAGCGGCGCCGAACGUAGUGGCGGCUCAGCCACGCAGGGGCAGGCGCUGCUGUCCCCCCACGGCCCCCCGGACGCCCCCAGCCCGCCACCCGCCUCGGUGCCUGAGGCUCCCACAGGGCCCCCUGCGACCACCUGGGGCUCCGGUGGGCCCGAGAGAGCGGGGCCGGCUCGGGCGAGGAGGCCCCGGCCCCUCCCCAGUGCCGCAGUGAGCUCCCGCCGUGUGGGCUCCCGGGAGCAGAGCCCAGGCCCAGGCAGGACCCCCGGAGUGGCGGCCCUGCCUGCUGCGUCCUUGAGGAACCUUGGUCUUGCUGGGCGACCCGGCUCUGUCCGUCUGUCCGUCGGCCAGCCACUCUUCCUAAAGCGGCUGCCACCUCUGGAGAGAGAGACAGGCUUCCCGCGCACAGCGCCUGCGCCCCAGAAACCGAGAACUGGAUACUUUGCCUCAUUCACUUGUACUGUAACGAUGUAUAUAAUUUGGUGGUAUUUCACUAUUUAAUUUUUAAGAAGCCUAUUUUACUAGUGUUUUAUAUGAAAAAAAUACUGCAGAAGUUAAACCUGUGUUGUAUUUUUCCCGAGAUGCUUUGUGUUAGUGACUACUGAGACCCUUUCCGCUCGGUUUUUAUAUGCGGGAAACAGAGUUUGUACGGGCUAUUUUUGUAUCACCCGGUAACUUGCGAACAGACCAAAUGAGUGUGUGGAGGGAGGCGCAGGCCGGGCCGUUGACACGCUUUCGUUUGAGUGCCGACCAUUAAAGCACAAGA